GCGGCCCCUUGUCCGCUCCCGCUCGCUGGGGCCGGUGAGGUCAGGUGGAGUCAACCCCGGCCCCGCCGCCACUUGGGGCUGUGCCAGGGUGGCUGCCCCUCUAGGCGGGCGCGGGGCCAGGAUGAGCUCCCCCGGCACAGAGGGCGCGGGCAAGACCCCGCAGUACCGCGUGGAUCACCUGCUGAGCGCUGUGGAGAAUGAGCUGCAGGCGGGCAGCGAGAAGGGGGACCCGACAGAGCGGGAGCUGCGGGUUGCGCUGGAGGACAACGACCUGUGGCUGCGCUUCAAGGAGCUCACCAACGAGAUGAUCGUCACCAAAAACGGCAGGAGGAUGUUCCCGGUGCUGAAGGUGAGCGUGUCGGGGCUGGACCCCAACGCUAUGUACUCCUUCCUGCUGGACUUUGUGGCGGCCGACGGCCACCGCUGGAAGUAUGUGAACGGGGAGUGGGUGCCGGGCGGAAAACCGGAGCCGCAGGCGCCCAGCUGCGUCUACAUCCACCCCGACUCGCCCAACUUUGGGGCGCACUGGAUGAAAGCGCCUGUCUCCUUCAGCAAAGUCAAACUCACCAACAAGCUCAACGGCGGCGGGCAGAUCAUGUUGAACUCUCUGCACAAGUAUGAACCUAGGAUUCAUAUAGUGCGAGUGGGUGGCCCACAGCGGAUGAUCACCAGCCAUUCCUUCCCAGAGACUCAGUUUAUAGCUGUGACGGCCUACCAGAAUGAGGAGAUCACAGCUUUAAAAAUUAAAUACAAUCCAUUUGCAAAGGCAUUUCUUGAUGCAAAAGAAAGAAGCGAUCACAAAGACAUGAUGGAGGAAGUGGGAGACAACCAGCAAUCUGGGUAUUCUCAGUUAGGUAGUUGGCUUAUUCCGGGAACUGGGACUUUGUGCCCACCUGCCAAUCCUCACCCUCAGUUUGGAGCCCCCUUGUCACUCUCUUCUGCUCACAGCUGUGAAAGGUACUCAUCACUGAGGAGCCACCGUCCUGCCCCCUACCCCAACCCCUACACUCAUAGAAACAACUCACCAACAGCCUAUGCCGAUAAUUCCUCUGCCUGCCUUUCCAUGCUGCAGUCCCAUGACAACUGGUCUUCUCUAGGAGUUCCAACACAUACAGCAAUGCUGCCCAUGAGUCACAGCACUGGCACAGCUACCAGCUCCAGUCAGUAUCCUAACUUAUGGUCUGUGAGUAACAGCACCAUCACGCCAGUGUCUCAGUCAAGCGGGAUGUCCAAUGGCCUGAGCUCCCAGUUUUUACGCAGCUCUCCAGCACACUACACUGCCCUUUCGCACCCGGUCGCUGCCACCGCCUCUGCCUCCCCUCUGUAUGACAGCGGGGCACCCACGGACCUGCCUGACAGCCAGUACGAUGCCUCUGCACAUGCCAGGCUAGCAUCCACAUGGACACCUGUCACCCCCCCUUCCAUGUAAACCCUUUACUAUAAGACAAACUUUUUAGCUACUGAAUUACUUUACAUGCUUAAUCCUCAAGGAGGAGGAAAAGGAGAUGUGAAGUAAAUUACAGACAAAGCAUCUGCACUGCUUUGUGCAGAAAAUCUACGUUAUACCUCUUACAGUGAACAGCGCAUCACUGCCUUCAUGUAAAGUUUACAAACCUGGUGAGUGUGCAAUUCUGAGAGCAGAUUCACUGCUUUUAAACUUUUCUCU